AUGGUACGGGAUUUCUGGAAACUAUUGUGUAUAACCUCAGUGGUUACUACUAUUCACGCAGCUGAGAGUCCGUAUCACAAUAGUUUAAUAGAACCAGCAUGUAACACUGCUACAAGUAUCUUCAUGCCGUGGACAGGAUUUCGAGUGUCUCGACAGACAGCGACCAGAACCCGUCCAUGGGAAACAGUAUAUGAGAUGCGAAUUUCAUAUUGUUGGAGGGGAAGUGAGUAUUUUGUGACCACUAUUAGUACCGGAGGCGGCUGGAUCGCUUGGAACUCAACGUUUUGUAUUGAAGAAACUCCUUACACCAGUGAAAUAGCAGGUUGUUUUAAGCUUGCACGGCGAAUGAGAUACUCGUCUAUAGACUCACCUCUUUACCACCCUGAUACAUUUGUCGGUGGUCUAUUCUUAUGUGAAUCCGAAACUUUGUGUACGAAUUAUGGAGCCGUCCCGAUUUCACCAAUGAUUACUGAUCAACCGUAUAUGGUCUGGUACGAAAAUUCGCCAAAUCAUACGGAGGUCAUACCUUUGCUAUACACUCCUGAUAGAUCUUCUGUAUUUUAUCCUAGAGUAAAUUCAGAGUGGGCGAGCUAUAUUGAUAUCAAUGAAGAAUACGAUCCAGAUGCAAGACUGAUCGACGAUAAUACUUCAUUUAACAAGACUCCAAAGCUUACUCCACGACAAUUUUACUUAUCGGCCAUUAAACGGGUCAUUUCACAGCUUCGAAGAUCAGGGAUAAGCCUGGGGUUUCCAAUGGCCCAUAUAGUGAAAGACUGGACUUUAGUCAUCGAUCAGUUGCUCUUAGCUAUUUUCAAGAUGCCCCCAAAAGACGCUGCCUACUAUUAUAGGGUCGCAGUAAAUACCUUCGAACAGAACUAUAUCUGCAACUUCACAAAGUUUCAAUUAUUCUAA